AUGCUCUGGCGCGUCGAGUGGCGGUUCCCGUGCGCUGCCGAUUCCAAGCUCUUCUCCGACAGGGGAGAGCUAGCCCAGUACUCGCAGUUGCCCGCUGAGAGGCUGUGUUUCAUCAUGCGCGUAGAACGACUGCCCGCCAACGAGGUGAAGUACUUCCGGUUCGCGGGCGGUGACACGCUACGAUCCGUGCUGGAGGACACGGAACUAGUCGAGUUCCCCACUCUCCUCGUUCUCACCGACGACGGGCUGGCCCAAGCAGCCUACAGCAUCGUGGACAAGAAGGACGUGCGGAAUCUGCAGAGGCGAGCAGAGAAGGGCAAGGAUCAGCAGUCUGGCCAUGCAGGCGGCGAGCCACAGGCAGACCUCUAUCGAGAAGCCAAGAAUGAGAUAGGAGCUGCCGUUGCUGUUCCGCCAACGCCCGAACCCACGCCCGCCGGCGCAGAAGAGGACGAUGAUGAAGAGGAAGGCUUUGCCUUUGCUACCCUUGUCGAUUACUGA